AUUUUUCAUAGUACGGUAAUACUGCAACGCACGCCACACGUGUUUUAUUUACUGCGUCUUUUAACACAAGAAAAACUUAAGAAACUUCCAAAAUGUAUCUAAUGUACACAAUCAAUGAAAACGGAGACCGCGUCUACACCCUGAAGAAACGCACUGAGGAUGGACGUCCAACUUUGUCUGCUCAUCCAGCACGCUUUUCGCCGGAGGACAAGUACUCCCGUCAAAGGAUCACCAUUAAGAAACGCUUUGGACUGCUUCUCACCCAGAAACCGGAACCCAUUUACUAAGCCGAAGUUAAAUUUUAAUUAGUGUAUAUCUUUAUUUACAAAUAAUAAGUUACAAAAUAACA